AUUUUUACAAAAGCUUUCUCCUUGAUUCUUUUGAGGGCAUCUCUUUCUUGCAUUAUCGCCACUUGGCCCAGUUGUCACUUUUAAUCUUCUCGCACCUUAUUUUCGCCAAUACAUAAUCACCCAACUGCAAGAUCCAGGUGUCUUCAUACGCAACGAAGCACCACCACAUCCAUAGAAUUAAAAUGGCAAAACGAAUAGUUGAUUUCGUGCCCAUUUUUCUUAGUCUUGUUGCAUUCGUUUUCGUACUACUGAUCCUCCUCGGAGGAGUAGGGAACCAACUCGCCGACAUCUUUUUCCUCAAGAUCAACACCUCCGCCCUCAAGCUCCCCUCCGUCCUCAGCAGUGCAGACCUGCUGAGGGAUAUCUCCACCCUGUCGGGUACAGACUUUAUCGGUGGUGACCUCACCGCCUCCACCCUCGGCCUCGCGACCGAGUACACCAUCUCCCUCCUCACCUUUUGCGCCCGCACCUCCUCGGGCGCGUCGUGCUCCUCGCCGCAGAUCAAAUUCUGGUUCGACCCAGGCCAGCACCUGCGUCUAGACAGCACCUCGCUGAGGCAGCAGUAUCCCGGCGGCUACACCGGCGCGCUCUCCAGCUACCGCAGCAUCGCGACCCGCUUCCUGCCCGGCGCCUUUGUCUUUUGCGCCCUGAGCGCGGGGCUCACCGUGCUCUUGUCCGCACUCUCGGCCUUGGGCGUCGCGAGGGCCUCGACCGGCCGCGCGGCCGCCGUCUUUGCCAUCCUGGCCACCGUCGUGCUGCUCAUGGCCGACGCGGCCGCCACGCACGUCUUCCGCGUCCUCGACGCCGAGUUCAACAGCGGGUUCGGCGCGCACGGGCUCUCGUCGUCGCUGGGCGCGGGCGGGCUUGCGCUCGCCUGGCUCGCGCUGCUGCUCAUGCUCGGCGCUGCGGCUGCGGCCUGCGUGCGGCUGAGCGCGGUGGCGGCCGAGGACCGCAGGGGCCGUGGGCUGCGGGCGCUGAACCUCGGUGCUGGGGAGAAGAGGGCGGCGGUCGUCACUCCGGCCCCGGCUCGGAAGGGUGGGAUCCUGUCCCGCAUCCCUGGGCUGAACAGGCACAAGUACGCCCAGGUCGAGGACGAGCGGCAGCAGCGGCAGAUGAUGCUGGGGAGGGACGGGUAUGGUGGUGCGGCGCCUCGUGGUGCCGACGCCGACUGGAUGGUCCAGGAUGACUAUUCUGCUGAGCGGUACAGCGACCGCGGGCGGGGGGAUGGCAUUGCCAUGAGGAGUCUCAGCUCUAGCCCGCCGGCGCGGACGGUGGCGAACACGGCGUACGAGCCAUAUGGGAGGGCUGGUUGAGUGACAGUAUAAGAAAUGGUUCUGACGGUGCAUGUGCUGGUAGUGGGUGUCUGUUUUCUUUUAGUAUGUCCCCUUCUUGCUUUUGGAAUCUGUAUAUGUACUUUUGAAUUAAAAUCAUACAUAGGGGUUUGGU